AAUAAACAUUCAGUAAUUCUACUCUCUCCAACGCCCUCACUUACUUUACCAAUUGACCAAAUUAUAUUGAAAUAAAUUAAAAAACAAAAUUAAAAGAAAAUUCAACAAAAGAAAAAUCAAACCCACGAAAAAAAUCUCAGUUCAUCCAAAUUAAAACAAAGUGAGAGAGAGAGAGAGUGAUGCACACAAAACACACGCAGAGUCAGCCAGUGAGAGAAACAUUUCAUUUCAUUUUAGUUAAUAAAAAAAAACGAGAAAAUUUAGAAUCAUAAACAAAUGAAAAAGGCAUUCUUCUGUCUUUGGAUUUGGUUUUGUUUUUUAGCUGGCCCUCCUGUUUGACACGAGCAUCAAAGGAUCACACCGUUCGUUCAUAAAAACGAUAAAAAAGAAGAAAAACACAAUAAGAUUAUAAUUAAUAAUAAUAAAAAGAGAAAUGAAAAGGAAUUAUUAUGAAAGGUGGUGGUGGAGUUAUAGUAGUCAAGAGCGACUGUUGUUGUUGUUGGUUUAUUAUUUUUGUUUAUCGAUUAUUACUACUACUCUUAUUAUUAUUGUUAUUGAUAUUGUUUUUUUCUUUGGUUUUUGUUCUUUUAUUCUUCAUCUUCAUUGUUCUUUCUUUUCAAUCCCUUAUUACACGCUGCUUUACUCAUUUCCAUUAUCUUUUCAAUUUAAAUUUCCUUGUUCAUAAUUGUUCUUGUUAUUUAUUUAUUUUCAUCAGAAGAUAAUAAUCUUCUGCCUUUUCCAUUCCUUGACUAUCACGGAAUUUUUGGUUUCUCAAGAGAUAGAAAAAGGGGUAACAAAAAUAAAAAAUAAAAACGAACACCCAAAUUGAUUCUCUUUCGGUUGCCCUAAUUAUAUUUUUCUUCUUUUCCCUUUGUGCUGUGUGCUUUGUUUUCUUCUUUUGCGGGUUCGUUCUGGAUUCCUAGGGUUUGAAGAAGGGGGAAAAGGGUUCGAUCUCGAUCGAUGGAGGCCGAGGUGGAGAACGACGCGAUGAAGAGGGAAGAUGCGGGUGAUAACAGCAAUGACAACAACAACAACAAUGGAAGUAACAGCAAAAUUGUGAAUUCCAGUGAGGGUCAGAGCAAGCCCAAGCGCCAGAUGAAGACUCCUUUUCAACUUGAAACGCUCGAGAAAGCUUAUGCUUUGGAGAAUUACCCAUCGGAGUCGAUGAGGGCGGAGCUGUCGGAGAAGUUGGGGUUGUCGGAUCGGCAGUUGCAGAUGUGGUUCUGUCACCGGCGGUUGAAGGACAAAAAGGACUUGCCGUCAAAGAAGCCUCGUAAGGUGGCGACUUUGCCGGAUUCUCCGGCUGAUGAGCCCAGGUUGGGUCCUGAACCGGGUAAUGAUUACGGAUCCGGGUCGGGUUCAGGGUCCAGCCCGUUUACCCGUUCGGAGUUGCGGAAUGUGGUGCCACGGGGGUACUAUGAGUCACCACAGACUAUAAUGGAGCUUAGAGCAAUUGCUUGCGUGGAGGCUCAGUUAGGGGAGCCUUUGAGGGAAGAUGGACCUAUUCUUGGAGUGGAGUUUGAUCCGUUGCCACCAGAUGCAUUCGGGGCACCCUUAGCUGUUACAGAACAGCAGAAGCGGCCUAGUCUGGCCUAUGACAGCAAAAUAUACGAAAGACAUGAUGUUAGAACCAAUAAGGCAAUGGCAAGGACGUUCCCUGAAUAUCCUUUUCUUCCAAACCAGUCUGGCAUUAGACCUGAUGUUUUUGGACAAUUGAGCCAAGCUCAUUUACAUGAUCCAGUGGAGGGUCCUGCCAGAACUCCUUUUCCCCUUGGAAAUGAACAACUACCUAGGAUUCAUGCUACCCCCAGUCAUUCUUCUCGUGUUCGCCUUUUGUCUCAACAGGACAAGCAAGGGAUUCCAUAUCCGUCUCCUCCUCGAGACAAUGAUGUUGCUCCCCAAAGGGAAGCUCACACAAACAUAACCAGUACUGGAAUGAACUCCCACUUUACAGAUCACCCAAUUGGACAAGAAAAUCAGUAUGCCUUACCUGGUGGACAAGUUUUCCAUAAUGAUGCAAUAUUGCGGAUGGAGAGGAAAAGAAAGAGUGAUGAAGCUAGAGUUGCAAGGGAAGUUGAAGCCUAUGAAAUGAGGAUGCGGAAAGAGCUUGAGAAACAAGAUAACCUUAGACGAAAGAGUGAAGAACGGUUGAGGAAAGAAAUGGAAAGACAAGAUCGUGAAAGAAGGAAGGAAGAGGAGAGGUUGAUGCGAGAGAAACAACGAGAAGAGGAAAGAUCAAAGCGUGAGCAAAGGCGGGAAAUGGAACGCAGGGAAAAAUUUUUGCUGAAAGAACAUUUGCGAGCUGAGAAAAGGAGGCAAAAAGAAGAGAUCCGCAAAGAGAAAGAGGCAGAGAGGAGGAAAGCUGCCCUUGAGAAAGCAACUGCUCGUCGAAUAGCUAAAGAAUCUAUGGAGCUUAUUGAGGAUGAACAGCUGGAAUUGAUGGAGUUGGCUGCAGCCAGCAAGGGGCUUUCUUCUAUUAUCCAUAUUGAUCUUGAUACUUUGCAAAACCUUGAAUCAUUUAGGGAUUCAUUGUGUGUGUUUCCACCUGAGAGUGUAAAGUUGAGAAAGCCAUUUGCUAUCCAACCCUGGAUCAACUCAGAACAGAAUGUUGGCAACCUCCUCAUGGUUUGGAGAUUCUUGAUUACUUUUGCUGAUGUUCUUGAGUUAUGGCCUUUUACUCUUGAUGAGUUUGUACAGGCAUUUCAUGACUAUGAUUCUAGAUUGUUGGGUGAGAUACAUGUUGCACUUCUUAAGGUGAUAAUAAAAGACAUUGAAGAUGUUGCCAGGACACCUUCUACAGGAUUAGGGACAAACCAGAAUGGAGCUGCUAAUCCUGGAGGGGGCCAUCCAGAAAUUGUGGAAGGAGCAUAUGCAUGGGGCUUUGAUAUACGAAACUGGCAGAAAAACUUAAAUCAAUUGACAUGGCCAGAAAUUUUCCGACAAUUAGCACUCUCUGCAGGAUUAGGACCGCAGCUGAAGAAAAGAAGUAUUGCAUGGUCAUAUGCAAUGGAUAAAGACGAGGGAACAAGUUGUGAAGAUAUCAUUUCUACACUCCGUAAUGGUUCAGCAGCUGAAAAUGCAGUGGCCAAAAUGCAAGAGAGAGGUUUGUUAGCUCCUCGAAGAUCAAGGCACCGGUUAACUCCAGGGACAGUUAAAUUUGCAGCUUUUCAUGUUCUCUCGCUGGAGGGUAGCAAGGGUUUGACCGUGUUAGAGCUUGCAGAAAAAAUUCAGAAAUCUGGUCUUCGGGACUUGACGACCAGCAAGACACCGGAAGCAUCAAUUUCUGUUGCUUUGACUAGAGACACUAAACUUUUUGAAAGAAUUGCUCCAUCAACAUAUCGUGUACGAGCUGCAUUCCGAAAGGAUCCUGCUGAUGCUGAGUCCAUUCUUUCAGAAGCAAGAAAGAAAAUUCAGAUAUUUGAAAAUGGGUUUCUAGCUGGUGAAGAUGCUGAUGAUGUUGAAAGAGAAGAAGAGUCAGAAAGUGAUGAAGUUGAUGAAGAUCCCGAAGAUGAUGAUUUAGUAAACCCUUCAGAUGCAAAUCAAAAUUCUGAACAGUAUGAUGACCCAAACAUUUGCUCAUCAAAUGGAAAAGAAAAUUUGGGUCAUGAUGUAGACCUUAUUCAAAAUGAGUUUGAUACAGAUCUACCAUGCUUUCCUGAGAAUGGUUCCAAGGAUGCUGAUUGUCCCAGUUCUGUCACUGGACAACCUGUUGCCUGUGAAGAUUUAAAUACUGGAAAUCUUGACCAAGAUAAUAUGGAAAUUGAUGAAAGUAAGUCUGGGGAGUCGUGGGUACUUGGGCUUGCUGAAGGAGAAUAUUCUGAUCUCAGCGUAGAGGAGCGUCUAAAUGCUCUUGUUGCAUUGGUUGGUGUGGCAAAUGAAGGAAAUUCCAUCCGUGUUAUUCUUGAGGAUCGAUUGGAAGCGGCAAAUGCUCUGAAGAAGCAAAUGUGGGCAGAAGCACAGAUAGAUAAAGUUCGUCUGAAAGAUGAUAAUAUUAGUAAAUUAGAUUUUCCAUCACUUAUUGGGAAUAAAAUUGAAACACAAUUCACAUAUGCAGCUGGGGAGGGCAACCAAAGCCCAUUGCUUGACAUUAAUAUUAAUAAUGAAGCAUCACCCAGCACUGCAGAAAACCAAAAAGGAGCUCCUGUUGCACAGAGCAUGCCUAUUGAGAAGUCCUCAUCAAUUCAAGAGUUUGGCUUAGUUGCAGGUCCAGACAACCCUCAGACUCAGGUACCUGCACAAUAUUCAAAAAGAUCACGUUCACAGUUGAAAUCUUAUAUUGCCCACAUAGCAGAGGAGAUGUAUGUCUACAGGUCUUUACCCCUUGGCCAAGAUCGCAGACGUAAUCGAUAUUGGCAGUUUGUUGCAUCUGCUUCUAGCAAUGAUCCUGGUUCUGGCAGGAUCUUUGUUGAAUAUCAUGAUGGCAAUUGGAGGCUUAUUGAUUCUGAAGAGGCCUUUGAUGCUCUUUUGACAUCACUGGAUUCACGCGGGAUCAGGGAAUCUCAUUUGCGCUUGAUGCUGCAAAAGAUUGAGAAUUCUUUCAAAGAAAAUGUUCGAAAAAAGAGUGCACAAUGUGUGAAAACUGCAAGCAGAGGUGAAGUUUCUAUUAAAAAUGAACCUAAUGAAGCAUAUUCCAUUGCUGACCGACAUGAUGGACCUGACAGUCCUAGCAGUACCCUUCAUGGCUUGAACCCCGACACAUCUGAAACUUCAUCAUCCUUCAAAAUUGAGCUUGGGAAAAGUGAGAGUGAAAAGAAAGCUGCCUUGAGAAGAUAUCAAGAUUUUCAAAAGUGGUUGUGGAAAGAAUGCUAUAAUUCAUCAAUUUUAUGUGCUAUGAAAUACGGGAUAAAGAGAUGCAAACCUCAGGUGGAGAUUUGUGAUAUCUGUCUCAAUCCUUAUUUUGUUGAAGACUCCCAUUGCAAUUCCUGCCACCGGACUUUCCCCUCAAAUAAUGGAUUUAAUUUUUCUAAACAUGCAUUUCAAUGUCGAGACAAGUUAUUCAAAGAUAUUUGUUUUUUGGAAUUUUCUCUUCCUUUGCGUACAAGAUUGCUUAAGGUCCUCUUGGCUUUUAUAGAGGUAUCUGUUCUAUCUGAAGCAUUUGGAGCAAGUUGGACUGAUGAUAUUAGGAAGCUUUGGGGUGUGAAGUUAAACAAAUCAUCUUCUGUUGAGGAACUUUUACAGAUAUUGACCCUAUUUGAGAAAGCACUACGGCGAGAUUUUCUGUCAUCAAACUUUUCUACAACAGAUGAAUUGUUGGGAUCAAGCAGUUUGUCAGAAAGUUCUGCACAGGCUUCAACUGAUCCUGAAUCUGUCACUGUGCUUCCAUGGGUUCCACUAACCACUGCUGCUUUGUCUCUCAGGCUUUUUGAGAUAGAUUCAUCCAUUAGCUACGUAAAGCUUGAGAGACUUGAGCCUUGUGAGGAGAAAGAAGCGAGGGAAUACAUAAAGCUUCCAUCAAGAUAUACUUCCAUCAAGUCUAAUAGGGAGGCUGAACCAGCAGAAUUUGACCAUGGUGAAUUCACUAAAGAUAAAUCUGCUCCUAAGAAAAUUGUACGAAGUGGCAAUAAGCGAGGGCGAGGGAGUAGUGAUCAAGGACGGGGUAAAAAGCUGUCUAAAAAAAUGUACAAUUCCAAACGAGACACUGGCCGCAGAAAUGCUAAGGUCAGUGACAAUUUAAGUCACAAAUUAAAACAGCAGGCACGAGGUACACAAGGACAAGGUGCUGCUGGACGAGGUCGCCGAACGGUCAGGAAACGGAGAGUGGAAAAGAGAGCUGUUGAAGAUUUGUUGCUGGGCCAUACGACUGCCAGUCAUAGCACCAAGAUUGAGAGAGAACCAUUGAGAAGUUUGGAUGAGGAAUGGGAUGGAGAAAAGGCCAGUCCCAUGACUCCUGUACACAUUGGGGUUGCUGAUAAUAGUAACAGUGCCGAAGAGGUGGAAUCCGAUGAUGACAAUGCUCAAGCGGUGGAAUAUGAUCAAGGAAACUGGGAGGUAGGAUUUAACGGUGUUCCCUCCAACAGAUGGUGUGGGGAUCUGGUUGGAAUGAGUGAUGAAGAUAUGGAUGCUUUUCAAGAUGACAAUGACAAUGGCAUUGAAGAGAACGAAGAGGAGGAUUCAGAAGCAGAUGUGAUGAGUGAGGGUUCAGAUGGCAUGGCAAAUAGGGUAGUAAAUGUUGGAGGGUCGGACUCGGCUGUGUCUGAAGAUUCUUCUGAUUAGAACAUCCAUUUUUAAUUGAUCAUUGAGGGGAUUGUACCUGAAGGCUGCAUUACAUUUUUGAUAUUGCAGCUUUACAAAUACCUGAGCUCCAAGUCAUGUCACGGCUUGAAGUCUUGAUGGUUGAGUAGAUUUAGUGUAUAUUAUCCAUGCAAAAUGGAGCCUUGUGUUUUUAAGGAUCUUGAAGUAGAGGGCUUUGUAGCCAACCUCAUUUUGAUUUUUUUUUCUCUCCUCCCUGUAAUAGAUGCUCAUUAAUUAAUAAAGCUUUAUUAUACCUUCAUUAUUGUUGAGAUU